CUUAUAAUAUGGAUUAUAAUAUCAUUAAAUUUAUAUCAAAAUUCAUCAACAUUUAUACGUACAAUUAAUAUGAAAACAAUUUCAUCAAAAUCAAAUAAACCAAAUAAUAAUAAUGAUGGUAGAUUUCGUAUUGAUGGUAAUCUUAUUGGUGGUGGUGGUGGUGAUGGUUUUAAUGAAAAUUGUACCGUUUAUACAAAUGAAAUUCAAACACAAAUUGCUUCCCAUAACGAUAACGAUGAUGAUGAUAAUCAAUUACAAAUACAAUUUCAACCGAUUGAUGAAAUAAAUCCAUCUGGUGAUGUACAAAUUAAAUCCAAUGGAUUAAAUCCAAAUAGUUUACAUUUAUCAUCAAUAACCGGUAAUUUGGAAUUUAAAAUCAAUAAUCGUUUAAUGAUUAGUAGUGAAAAACCGCGAAGAUUAUUUCAAAUUGAAAAUGAUUGUUUAAUUAUUGAAGAUUCAUCAAUAUCAAUGGCAUAUAUUAGACAACAACCAGGUGGUUUACGUUUAUCACAAAUGAUUACCGAUUCUAUUGUUGGUUCCGUACAUGAUGAUUUACGAAUCGAAUCACGUACCGAACAAUUAUCGAUUGAAACAAAAAAUUCAACAAUCAAUAUUGAAUCAAAUAUGGGUCGUAUUGAAUUAAAAUCCUAUGAUGAUAUCAAUAUUAAUACGGAAAAAUUAUCAUUAAAUGGACGUAAUAUUUUAUUUGUUAAUCUAAAUCGUGAUCAACAUGAUCAUAAACAGCAACAACAACAUAAUCGUCAUCGACACCAUCAUCAGACCAAUCUGAAGAAUGGCAAUGAUAAUGAUGAACCAAUUGCAUAUCAAUUAUGUAUGUGUACAAAUGGUGAAUUAUUUGCAGCUGAUGAAUCAAUACCAUGUCAAGCUGAUCAUAAAAUUUGUGGUAGUCAUGAUGAAUGAUGAAAUUUUAGACGUUGAUUAUUAUUAUUCUGAUUAUAACAAAGAUUUUGUUUUUUCCCCCCACAAUUAGC